AUGUCUAGGGGCCCUGGGAGAAUGAAUGAAGGACUCACCACUCUCUACUCUCUGGCGGGAACCGUCGCCAUUGCCGCCGCCGGCGUCGUUCUCGCGCGUGCGCUCCUCCCGACCUCGGCUACCUCUGCGACGCGUUUCCUCUUCGUAUGGCACGCCGCUGAUGCGCUCUGCCAUACUAUCCUUGAGGGCAGCUUCCUCUACCAUUGCUUCUUCACCUCAGUCCCUAUCUCCAAGCUCGACCCAGCCGUCGCGGCCGCCUAUCACCCCACUCCGUACAAUUACCUGGGAACAGGAUCCGACCGCAUUUUUGGUGUGCAGGCGGGCGGCGAUAACCCUUUUGCCCAACUCUGGAUGGUGUAUGCGCGGGCUGAUAAGCGAUGGGCGGGGGUCGACCUUGGCGUCGUGAGCCUGGAGUUGCUGACCGUCUUUGUGGACACGGCGCUCGCGGUAGGGGUGUGUUGGUGCCUCGCGCGGAAGAACCCGAUGUCCAACGUGUUGAUGAUUAUUCUCGCUACCUGCGAGCUUUAUGGAGGCUUCAUGACGUUCUGUCCUGAGUGGCUGACGGGCAACAUCAACCUUGAUACCAGCAACUUUAUGUAUAAGUGGGUCUACCUCGUCUUUUUUAACGUGCUUUGGGUAUUCAUCCCCUUGUACGCCAUUUAUUACGCCGUCGGCGAGAUCUCUUCCGCCUUCAAGACCCAGUCAGCCAAGGCGAAACAGCGAUGA